CUCACUUUCGUUGAAUAUAGGGAAGUAUUUCUCGUUGGACCACCACACACCCAUCUGGCUACAUAGCUCGCCGUGAUCGUAUAGUGCUUCCGGAAGCGAAUGCGUGUCACGUGAUUUGAGCGCUGUCCAAUCAGCUGCCAGAAGCGGACGGCUCGUAAUUUUGAACAGACGGGGAACAGCCAGCGAUGAGUGCUGCAGCUAGUUAGCUGGUAGCAAAACAUCGACAGAUAUUUCUCCAAAUAAUGGACUUUACGCUGUUUCUCUACUCUGGAUAAAGUGGAAACAAAUCCGUGUUGUUAUUAUUAAACAUGGACUCUCAUAUUAUCACUCCUGGACCCUAUCGAGCCACAAAAUUGUGGAAUGAGGUGACACGUUUGUUUCGGGCCGGCAUGCCCGUCAGGAAGCAUCGGCAGAACUUCAGGCACCACGCUUCCUGCUUCACGGCCGCCGCCGCCGUGGACUGGCUGCACCAGCUGCUCCAGAGCAACAGCAACUUCGGCCCCGAAGUCACCAGGCAGCAAACCCUUCAGCUGCUCAAGAAGUUCCUGAAGAACCAUGUGAUCGAAGACGUGAAGGGCCGCUGGGGAACGGAGGACCUGGAGGACAAUCACAUGCUCUUCAGAUUCCCGUCUGCUUCUCCUCUGAAACCGAUCCCGUGUCCAGCUCCGGCGCCAGACUCCAGGUCCAUAAAGAAGCGGCCGUCACUCCGGGACCGGGAAGGUUUCUUCAGACUGAGGAACCUCAAGAAGCAGGAGAAAGACUCUAUGGAGAACGUGGAUCCUGCACUCCAAACACUGCAAGACGAAUCAAAUCCGCCGACAGAAGAGCAGCAGCACCAGAGACGAGAGCUGACGCUGGAGGAUGAACAGGAAAUCUGGAGAGACGUCACCCUGACGCACCUGCAGAGGAUUCUGGGCGUCUCUUCUCUGGAUGAGGUUUUGGACCAGCGGCACAUAAACCCCCAGAACAUCAUCCACAACAUGACUAACGUCAACAAACACGGAGUCGUCACGCUGGAGGACAAGAGCAAUGAUCUUCCUCAUUGGGUUUUGUCCGCCAUGAAGAGCCUGGCGAACUGGCCGAAGUACGACAGCGACCAGCCGUCCUACCCCGGCUUCGAAAGAGACGUCUUCAAAACGGUGUCCGAUUACUUCUACAGCCUCCCUCAGCCGCUGCUCACAUACGAACUGUACGAACUGUUCAUCAACGUCCUGGUGAUGUGUGGAUAUGUCGCAGCGCCCCCUACGCUCCAGCGUGGGAAGCGGAAGAGUUCGGAGCUGCCGUCGGUUGCGGCGCCGCCGGCCAAGUCGUCGUUUCUCUCCACGGAGUGCCUCCUCCUGUCGCUGCUCAGGCAGGGCUCAUGCGACGAGGCCGAGUCGCCCAUGAGGGACGUCCUCAGCGGGACGCUCCAGUCACGCAAGGAAUCGGGCGGCACGAAUCUGAAAACGGUUAGACUUCGCACAAGAAGCUGCUCCCUGGAAACCAUCCUGGACCGCUCUCCUCCUCCUCCAUGCGGCCUGCAGCCGUUUCCGUCCAGCAACGAAAAUCUUGUUUUCCCACCUCAGGAAGGGCACUUGAACACAACGUUUACGACCAAAGCGGACAGUUUUGUUCACGAAAACGCAGCAGGAGUUGUAACCAGGAGGAAACGCUCCGCGGGUUCCAGGGUUAGACCGUUAGACGGUCAGGUGUCGGCGCGGCCUCGCAGCGCCAGCAGCUGCCUGGACAUCGUCAUGGAAACCAAAGAAGAAGAAUAUGGAGGGAUGAAAUGGUCCAGUUGCCUCAACAUGAACCAGUAUCCUCCGUCUUCCUCCCAACAUCUUCUCUCUAUCCCAGCAAAAGCUCAAGCUCACGGCUCCACCCCCGCCUGCAGUACCUCUAACUUUUGGGCGCUGCCGGCGCCGGCCGUCCGCCGCUGCCUCAGCUCGCUGGACGUAUCCAAGCCGCCACAGCCGCAUCGGUCUGCGUCGCAGCUCAAUCUGCCCGUCUGCGUGGCUGCCAGAAACUUCCAGCUCCCCCAACCCAAACCUGAGCACAGCGUUCUCCAGCCGCAGUGCGAGCGCGUCGCCAUCGAGGCGCUGCAGCUCUGCACGCUGCUCCUCCCGCCGGCGUCCCGCAGGAAGCUGCAGCUCCUCAUGAGGAUGGCGUCCCGCAUCAGCCAGAACGUGGACAUGCCGCGCCUCCAUCCGGCCAUCGGCACCCGGACGCUGAUGGUCCACACGUUUUCAGGCUGCGUCCUGAGCAGCGCGGAGGACUGCGACCUGGACGAGCUGCUGGCGACCCGCCUCGUCUCGUUUCUGAUGGACCACCAGCAGAGCGUCCUCUCCGUCCCAGAAUACCUGCGGAGCGCCAUCAGGGACCACAUCCACUACCUGCGCGCCGUACAGGUUCCUGUCGACACGGGCCCAAACGACGGCGCCGACCCGGUUUGCGUUCCCAUGCCGAUGUACGCGUUCUGCAAACAGAUAAGCGGCGCUGAGUUUGAGCAGCAGAAAGCGGAGUCGUCCCAGAAGGCCAUGGAGGAGCUGCUGGAGAUCCUGCUGACGGACAGGAACCUCACCGAGAAGGACCGGCGCAAGAAGCUAAAGCAGUUUCAGAGGCAGUACCCUGACAUCUACAGCCGCCGCUUCCCUUCCUGCGGCGAACAGAGCAAAACCGACAGCAAGCCAAAGAUCAAACCGCCGCUGCUCAACAUCAAGAAGACCUUCAGCCUCAGGAACUGACGCCAUGACGCUCACAUCACGGUCAAAACUGUUACAUUAUUGGUGGAAAACGCCACUGAUAUCCGUUUGUGUUGGUUCAUUCUGUAGAUGAAGAGCGUCUCAUAGAGGCAGCUGAACAGAUUUAGAGUUCACACUUUGUUUUCUUUUCAAAUACUCUGCAAACAGCAUUUGCAGCAAGUUUGGGAGAAAUAUUAAACAUUUGAGCUUAAAUUUUAACUUAUAUAAAUAAUUACAUUGAGAGGAGCUCCAUUUGUCUAAAGUUUUAAAUCUUUUAGGAUAUUGUUUGCUUUUAUUUUAAAUGUUUUUAAGGACGUUUUGUUUUAAUGGAGGUUUU